UGAGGCCCCGCCCCCUGCUGGUGGCUCUCAGUCGCCUCCUCCACGCUCCGCGGACACACUACAACCUGUUCGCUGCGCUCUGUCCGGACGCCAGCGUCUCUUCUCCUAACCUUCCACCAUGAGUGUCGUGGGUUCUGAGCAUGUCUUUCUGUCCGCCCUGCAGCCCCACACAUCCGUCACCACCUACGGGCUCCCGUCCGAGGUCCGCCUCGGGAAUGGCAGCUCCGCGUCGGACGAGGUGUCCCGGUCGCGGCGGGUCCAGCAGCAGGUCCAGAUGAGACUGGCCGAGAAGUCCACACUUCCGCGUCAGAACGGAUCCGCCUCGCAUUACGCCACGUCAGAAUACGGUGGCUCUUCCUCAGUGAAAUAUCACACCUACAACCCCAACUUCAGCUCAAAGUCCUCCUACAUGACCUCCGGCUCCAGAACGUUGCCUCAGGGUCCUCGUGUAUCCCAGAGAACAGGAUUCAGCGCCCAGUCCGCUGGCCCAGAUCUGGCCCAGUUCCACAGGAUCAGUAUUGGAGGUGGUGGAGCUGGAGCUGGUGGUGGUGGUGGUGGUGGUGGUGGUGGUGGUUUCUACAGAGAGGACAUGCGCAUGGGCAGCUACCAGGGCAGCAUCAGACCCCAGCCCCGAAUGGACUCAGAGACCCUCUCUAUGCACACAAUGCGGCAGCAUUCCCAGCCUAUGAAUCCCUGGCUGGUCGAUGCCAGCGACGCCGUAAGCUUAGUCUCGGACCGGGACGGCAUCUACACCCACCAGUACAGCCAGGGCACGGCCAACGGCUAUAGCAGCCAGAAGAGGCAAGGAGGAGGAGCCUACGUGCCAAGCAUGCAGCGAUCCCUCAGUGGCACUCUUUCCCGUGUCGGAGGGAUGGCAGGAGGGAUGACAGGAGGGGAGGCAGAGAUCGUCCACCAGCAGUCUUUCAAAGGCCCGGCCCACCGCACCAUCAACAGGAUUACAAACCGAAACCGCCUGAGCAUGGGCUCCGUGUCUGGGAGCACCUACGGUAGAGGAGGGGACGUGGUGGACAGGGGCUUUGCUUCUGGAUUGGCCUCGGCCUCCCAGGGGAGCAUGAUGAUGCCGCGUCAGGGCACCCUGUCCCGCGCCAUGUCAACCAAAAGCAUUCAGAGUGUCGGCCGGGGCAUGGACAUCUUCAAUGGGCAGAUGGAGAUGGGAGCCAGCAUGGGCAACCUCAGCGGGAUCACCUCCUUGGACAUGGCCACAGCUAUCCAACACCUGAGGGAGCCCGACCAUGAUUUACAGGUCCUGGGUGCCGCCUACAUUCAACAUGAGUGUUACAACGACAACGACGCCAAACAGGAGGUGCGUCGUAUGAAGGGCAUCCCUGAGCUGGUGAGGCUCUUCAACAGUGAGAACCAGGAAGUGCAGCGCUACGCCACUGGCGCCACACGCAACCUCAUCUACGAGAGCAUGGAAAAUAAAGUGGCGCUGAUCGAUGAGGGUGGCAUCCCGCAGCUGGUCGAGGCGCUGAAGGAGAACGACGACGAGCUCCAUAAAAACAUCACAGGUAUUCUGUGGAACCUUUCAUCCAAAGACAACCUGAAGGAGAAACUGGCCCGGGAGACGCUUCCUGAGUUGACCGAGAAGGUCCUCAUCCCUCUGUCCGGCGGCGGAGACACUGAGGACAUCUAUCAGUCCGCCUCCGAGGCCGACAUCUACUACAACACCACGGGUUGCCUCAGGAAUCUGAGCUCUGUGAACGAGAAGACCCGUCAGCAGAUGAGAGAGACCCACGGAUUGGUGGACUCUUUGGUCGCCUACAUCUCGUCCUCCCUCGAUCAGAACAAGGCAGAAGACAAGGGGGUGGAAAACGCAGUGUGUGUCUUGCGGAACCUCUCCUACCAGCUCUACACUGAGAUGCCUCCAUCUGCCAUGAUGCGCCUGGAAGGACCAACCAGGGAUCAGGACACCGGGAAGGGCGAGGCCAUAGGUUGCUUUACACCCCAGAGCAGGAAAGCUAAAGACAGAAAGCCCCAGGAUCUCUCCACUUUCAGCGAGGUGGCACGGGUGCCGAAGGGCGUGGACUGGCUGUGGCACCCUCAGAUAGUUGGGUUGUACAACCGCGUGCUGCAUAAGUGCGAGAUCAACUCCACAACCCGCGAGGCCGCUGCCGGAGCUCUGCAGAACAUCACAGCCGGAGACAAAAGGUGGGCGUCAGUACUGAGCCGGUGGGCUCUGGAGAAAGAGCGCAUUCUGCCAAUGCUGCUGGAUCUGCUACGUACCAACAAGGACCUGGAGCUGCGUUCCCUCACAGGCCUCCUCCGAAAUCUGUCCCGCCAUGCCAACGACAAGGACGACAUGGCAACGAAGGUUGUAAACCCACUGGUGAGCAAGCUGCCGGAUGAUGAGCACCAGAAGGAGCCAUCCAGCGAUGUAGUGGUGAACAUCUGUGGUAUUCUCAACAACCUGGUGACGGGCAGCCCUUUAGCAGCCAGAGACAUCAGCUUCUUCAACGGCCUGCCCAAACUGGUCGCCCUCAAGAACUCGACUGGCAGCAGCGCUGGGAAGAUGAAAUCAGCCAAAGCAGCAGCCACAGUUCUCAGCAACAUGUGGCAGUACAAGAAACUGCACAAAGCCUACAAAAUCAAAGGAUUCGUACGAGGGGAUUUUGCUGAUUUGCAUAUUUAAAACAAGUCCGACAGGUGAUGUGUUGCACGUCCACGAACACCCAUCAGUCCUGCACUCUACCAGCACCCUAUGGGAGAGCAGUAAAUAAACUCUUCAUUCAAUCCAAAGAUAACCGUUUUUUUAUAAUAAGAACCCACCAGUGAUAGAGGAUCGACCCGCUGGAAGAAGAGAGUUUCUGUCUGUGUUUUAAAAGUCAAUGGACUUUUGUAAGAAAUGUGGUACAGCUAUGACGGACUAUCGAUGGACUCUGAUACAAAUGUGUGCACCUUAAACUCUCUUUGUUGGAGCUGUGUGUGUGUGUGUUUGUGUGUGUGUGUGUGUGUGUGUGUCUGUGUGUCUGUGUGUGUGUGUGCGCCUGCGUGUGUGUGUUUAGUGCAGAAUCAGGGAUUUUUUUUUCUUCAGGGCUAUGUGUAACCAGAUAAAAUGCAAACAGCUGUUUGUUUUGCUGCCCUUUUUUAAAACUUUUGUCAAACUCCUAAAAGACAACAUGCUGGACACUUGUGCCUUUUUCUUCUCAUUGCACUUAUUUCAUAGCAUUAAAUGCAACAGUCGGUACUAAUGUGGCAUUCUUCCUGUAAAUAAUGCUUUCUUUUUUACACAAAAAUCACAUGUUUGAAUAAGCGUAGCCUUGUACUUUGUUUUUUUGGACAAAUGUGUGUUUUAGUGCCAAAAUUAUAACGUGUAGUUAUAAGUGAAUGUACGUCAGAGGAGAUAUUUAGAUAUACAGGUUGCAGAGAUGUAAAUAGAUAUUAAUUCAGAAAUCUGGGGAUAAAGAUUGUGCCUCCUAAGUGGACCUUUGUAUUUAGCUGUGGGCUUUUUCUAGUUGCAAAAUCUGUCUUGUCGUAUAAAAUGCUGUGUGAUCACAGUUUUAAUGAGAAUUCAUAAAGUAACAUUAAAUCUGUAUCCUUGUUUUAUAUAACUGCUGUUUGUCUAAUGUAACAAAUGGUGUGAGUGUGAAUCACAGGGGUAGAAGGAUACAGUCUUACCUUUGUUGACGGAACAAAUGCAAUAGUUGUUUAGUGUAUGAGACCAAUUGCAAAAUGUAACACUUUUCAGAUUGAAUUUAUUUAGAUUGGCAAAAUUGAAUUUAAAUAAAUCGAUGUGCAAGUUCAUUCAAAGAAAAUUAUCGUUACUAAAGUGUGUAUAUUUCUGUGUUGGCGUUUUGAAAAAACACUGAGUUCUCACAUUUGCUUUUGCGUUGUAUUCAGGCACGUGUAUCAUCUGGAUCUUUUUCAGCUAAUAAAGAAAAAAUGUGGAAAUGAAA